CCGUUGUGCAGUAGGAUUUUGGAUUUUCCCCGGUGUAUUAUCUCAUAAGUAUUAUACUCGCAGGCAUGGGCAUCAUCAUGAAGGGCUCGUCCUCGCUGCUCCUCCUACUUUUAUUGACUGUGCUUCUGGCUACUAGCGGCGGCGCGUGGGUUAUAGCCUCUGAUACUCAUGCCAUAUCCAAGCGGACCAAUAUCAACGAAACGACCAACACGACGACGAGUACUACUACUACUACUACGACAUUGAAGCCAAGGGAUUCGAGACAGUCGAAAAGUCAAUCAAGAGUUAAUGCAACAAGGCCCAAGUUCAUCUCGUCAUCGGACAAAAAGUCCAGCAACGAUGCGACGACGACGACGACUACUACAACUGAGAGUCCACUUUUACGGGCAACUUUUGGGUCAAGUAGCCUCGCGAAUGCUGACCAAACAAACGGGACCGUCGUCGAGGAGAGAUAA